CCUUGUCAUUGGCCCAGACGUAAAGCGCUAAUGUCGGUAGGAUAGCACGCGUUUUGUGCCAUCGGAUGGCAAUGGGCUCCUUAGAACUCCUUCCCUUAGAGCUUCUCAUCAUCGUCGCAAAGGAGCUCUCUCUGAAUGAUAUAGCCAACCUCCUCAGAACCUCCAAAAGGCUUUCGCUACUCCUAAAGGAUGAGUUCUACCGCGAAGCAGUCCUCAGGGACAAAGAAAUGUAUCACGGCCAGCCUGUGUCGCUGAUUCAAGCCGCUUGCUUUGACCAACUGGCUUCUUUUGAAGCUUUGCUAUAUCUGACAAAUGAUAUCAAUCCCCCAAUUAUCAAGCUAGAUCAAUACCCGGUGUACGAUUCCAGAGCGCCGCAUCGGGUAAUGGCUCCUAAGGGCGUCAGGAAUAUCACGAUUCUUCAAGCGGUGUGUUCUCUUGGAAACGAGAGGAUGGUCAAGCUUGUUCUCGACAACGAUGUCGACACCGAGGUGCACAAUGACCGGGGGUUUACCGCGCUCCACCAAUCUGUCCUCCUAAAUCAGACGUCCAUCAUAAAAUUUCUUAUCGAUGGCGGCGCUGACGUUCGAGCAUUGCACGGCAGCUGCAAUACCCCCUUGUCCUAUGCUUUCCAGUAUGGGUUUCUGGAAGCGGCAAAAAUGCUCGUCAAGGCGGGCGGAGGAAAUAUAAAGCUUCCUCCCGGUCCCAACAACCCUCUUUCUCAUGCUGUCACGUACGGACGGCUGCAGAUCGUAAAAGAGCUUCUCGAAGCGUCUUCGUCCUAUUUCCCAGAGCCAUGUCUCACAGCAGCUCUUCCAGGCGCCGCUAAAACGGGCAAUGUCGAUUUAGUUCAGUACCUCCUUGAUGCAGGCGCUAAAGCCACUCCAGACGCCUUGGGUGAAGCUUGUGGAAUAAACAAUUUGGCGAUGAUACGAUUACUUAUUGACGCUGGGGUGGACGUUAGAGGCCGUCUGCAGGAUGGCACCACUGCCCUCUAUAGCGUUUGGAGCAUGGGUGCGGCUAAAACGCUCUUGAACGAGGCACCCAACCUUGCAACUAUCGUCGCAGCCGGCGGGCCGGCUGUAGACCGAGUGUACGGAUUAUGCGAUGCCGAGAAGAACUCGGAGAUAAUACCUCUUAUAUUGCUGUUGCUGGAAGUAGGUCCACAAGAGCAAGUUUUCGGCGACACCCUUCUUCGUCAGCGUGCUAUUCACUACGCCGCCCAGCACGGCCAUGAACCUGUCCUAAGGGCGAUUCUGAAGAAGCAAAGAUGGCAAGUAUUCACACGGAGUGACACUGGCCGCACAGCCCUGCACUAUGCUACCUCAUCUUCAUCUGAUUCGAAAUUAACUUGCGUGCGGCUACUCGUCGAGGCCGGCGUCGACAUUUUCGCUGUAGAUCUACAGGGCAAUACCGCCUUGCAGGGCACAUUCCACAAGGAGCGUCACCCACUAGACGUGGCAGUGACCCAAUACCUCGUGAAUGCCGGAGCUGAUGUAUGCCACACGGCGGAGAACGGGGGAACAGCUCUCCUAGAUGCCCUCCGCAACCAGGAUCCCGAAUCGGCGUUGGUCCUCAUCGAAGCGGACACCGAUGUCUCGGCUGAGGAUGAAAAAGGAAGGCGACCGUUACACCACGCGGCAAAAAGAGGAUAUUUCCCGGUUGCAAGGGAGCUGAUCCGACGCGGAGCAGAGAUCUCUCCCUGCAACCGUAAACAAAACACACCAUUGCAUGUGGCGAUCUAUCGAGGUUGGAGAAAAUAUAAGGAGCAAGAAGAGUACGUGAAGAUGGUUGAACUGGCGAUUAUCCGCAGGCAUAAGUCGCUGGAUCUGGACUUCGAUUCGGAUUCCGAGACCCUACGCGGGAACGGUCAUCUGGCUGUGAUCCAGCUACUCUGCUCUCUGGGUGCAGACCUGCACGUCAGAGCCUCCAAGCUCGACCUCACACCACUCGAUCUUGUCAGGAUGCAGAGGUAUUACUGGGAGGAAUUUUCACCAAAAGGUCGGUGUGUGGACGGGGAAGAGACAGCGUUGGAUCUAUGGUGGAAACUCGGCACAUAUAUCCACUGGCAAAACAGAUUUAUCUUAAGACGAUGAAAUAGACGCGUCAGAAGAGGUGGGAGGCUCCUCUGCUUGGGUGGCCGCUGAUAAUCUCCCCCCCUUAAGUUCGGAUCGAUCGGGGGCCGCCUUAAGAGGACGUGCAUCGAAAAUUGCAAAACCAAUCAAUUCAUUUGCACUGUAAUAAUAGAGCCUUAG